AUGGCCGCCGGCAACAGAACCCCCGCGUCAGCUGUGCGCACGCACGACACUGAUGCAGAUGAACCUAUAGAUCCGCCGUUAUCAUCGACAACUAACUCCAGUCGCGACCAGUCCCGCUCAACCACGCCAACACCGCAUCCCGUCCGCGAAUCCUCAACUACAACCACCACCACCACAACCGCCUCCACCCACCCGGCAACAAAACUGCAUCCCAAACGAACUCUCUCUGCCACCACCUCCCCAAUCCCCUCCCGAGAGCCCUCCCCUGUCCGGCCGUCAAUGAAGCAGGGUCCUUCAACGCGGUCCACCCGCUCGGAUCGAUCGCGAAAGAACAGCUCCCAGGACGUCAGUCCAUCCCGCUCAACCGCCAGCGCAAACCCGCCCUCCGCUGCCGCCACACAGAGGGCUCUGUCUACUACAUCUAUUCCAACCCUGUACCCCAAUCUUUCCGAAUCGACCAUAAGGGCUCCUGUCCCGCAAAAACCGUUACACCCACCCGAGUCUAGGGAUACUCCCCGCUGGCCGACAUCCCCAAGACUCAAAUCCCCUCCUCCGAUCAACAAGCCAGCUAUCCCCUCGCCGCGCAAGACCGAUCAGCAGGACCCUUUCAAUGCUCUACGACCUUCACAACCUAUGGAACAGGUCGAAGGAAAGCAGAGGAUCUCCGAUAGCGAGGCGGAAGAUUUGUUAUUACCACCACCCGGCAUGAGAACUCCGGCUCGGGGAGCUAGCAGCACCACUACCUCGACACUAGAAACGGUCCAGGAGGUGAGCCAAGCAAGCUCUCCAGCCCAGGGUCUGGAGGACAAGAUGAUCGAGCAGCUAGGAAAUGGCAUACGGAAGGUAUUUUCAGGCCAGGAUGUUUUCGAUACUUCUUCAGAGAAGACUCCCAAGGCAACGUCGACCCAACCGGCCAACGAGAGUGGAAGUGAGAGCGGUGGCAAGGGCGAGAUCAAAAUGAAGACUACGUCGUCGGCGACCGUAACCGCAUCGCGGCCCAGUGCUCCGGCAGUAAAGUCUUUCGGCACCGGCCGAGGGAAGCCAUCAGGCGAAGGGUCAACGCGGAAUAUGACAGUAGAGACAGAGACCGUCAGCUCCAUCCCCCAGGUUGCGGUUGGAGGGCCCGCAGCCAAUGGGAGUAUCCGCACCAAACCGAGCUCGGAGACCAUACGCCCAAAGAAGGAGAAGAAGAAAUCGACUCGGAAAGCGCCUUCCGUAACGUCUGGCACGGGUGAGCAUUCAAUUUCGUCAAGAUUCAGAUUUCCUCAUCAUUCCGGAAGGGACAUCUCAGACUCCGCUGCUACUUGUCGGUCGCCCGAGCGGGCGAGCGGUCAAGGCCCGUAUUCGCCUCACAAGAGCAGCUUUGCAGUCAGUCCCGAGUAUACUAUGCUUCCGGCAUCCCGUCGAACCAGCUUAAGCAGCAUCCAGAGAGUAAGUUCUAUGCUAACAAGAAUCCAUCCAGCUUCAUCAAAAGCAGAUAUCUUCGAAGCCAAAGUCGCAAGCGCCGUCGAUGAAGCAAAUUCUUCCGACUCGGAGGAGACGUUUGUCUACGAAUCGAACCCACCGGAUACGAGCGAUCGGCCGAGGCGGUAUCAUUCUCGAACGCCAAGCACAGCGUCGAUGGCCAGCCAGAUCGAUCAAAGGAACGGCCCUAGGUCCGCUAUCGAUGGAGGCCACAGCGUAGCCAUGAAGAAGAGCAUGAAAUUUGCGAAUUCCUUUACGAGCAAUGGUCCCGACUCCACUACCGGUGACGAUGACGGUAAAGGGACAGCUCGAAGUAAUAUAGGUACAGGGAGAGGAACAACACACCACCACCAUCAUAUUGGCCGAUGGGGUCGCAAUGGCGGAAACGGCCAUGCUUCUCUCUUUGAUAACGAAUCUCCUUUUCCAAAUGCAACUAAAUCAAAAUUUUCGGGAUCUGGUCCACGACAAACAUCCGGGCCGACAAGCCCGCGACUUCAGAAUUCCAGAAUUAUGGGGAAUGGGAAGAAGUUCUCGCCGAUAUCCUCGGGCUAUGACUUGGAUGAUGCUGCGGAUGAUGAACGCACCCCACUUAUGUCGACUGUACGUUCGGGGAGGUCAGGCCGAGGACGGCGAGGCGUUGCAGCUUCGAUCCGUCAACUUGAACACCAAGCCUCGAGACACGAUCGUUCGUUUCUAGCUCGCUUUGCAGGUUGUCUGCUUUUAUCGAUUAUGAUAAUGCUGGCCAUUUCAGGCGCUGGCGCUUUUAUGUUUGCUACGACACAACCCCUCCAAGGGGUCAAAAUUGUGGCCAUCAAGAACGUCCUUGCAAGUGAGCAAGAUGUUAUUUUCAACAUCAAAGUCCAGGCACGCAAUCCGAACAUCGUAGCCGUCGGUAUAGAUACAGCGGAUAUUGUUAUCUUCGCGAAAUCAAAAUACGCCGGCACGGAUUCCGAAUGGUGGAGUCACCCCCCACCAGGAGAGAUGCGCCGCCGACGAAUGAGGAGGAACGGGGACAGUGGACUUUCGGAGCGAGCUAUGGGGAGUCAUGAUGAUACGGAUCCGAAUCUUCAAAUCGGACACGUCUACGAACUUGACAGUGCAUUAAGCUUCGAAGGGUCUCCAUUUCAGCAUGCCCGCACCGAAUCCGUGGGCCAGAUCCACGUCGACCAUCCUGGGAAUAAUACGAUACCCGCUGGCAGUCAGCGAUGGGGCAGGGUAUUGCAACAUGAAUUCGACCUCAUUGUUCGAGGUACACUAAAGUACACUCUCCCGUUAAGUUCUAGGGUCAGGAGCAUCCCGGUCGAAGGGCGAGUAACUGUCAAGCCGAACGCCGCAGACCAGGAUCCCGACACUGUGCAUAUAAAUGCGGGUGAGCUUGAUGAGCUUAUUGACGACACAACACGUGGUUAG